GCUCCGCACAUUAGAGUCGUUUCCAAAAACGUUAGUCUUGUUUUUGUUUUUAUUUUGUUAACCGAGAAUAACGUCGUUUAUUUGUCGUCUGCGUAAGAGUUCAGAGUUCUUCUUGUCGCCAGAGAUGGAAAUGUGUCCGUAGUAGCAGAGAAACAAACGGCAUCCAGCUAACUGUCCAAAACAAACCUGCGUUUACCCACAUAUAUCGCUCUUCAGCAACUCUUUACGUCUAAACAUGGGUUCAAUACUGAGCAGGAGGAUUGCUGGAGUUGAAGACAUCGAUAUUCAGGCCAAUUCGGCGUACAGAUAUCCUCCCAAAUCAGGAAAUUAUUUCACCAGCCAUUUCUUCAUGGGAGGAGAAAAGUUUGACACACCCCAUCCAGAGGGAUAUCUUUUUGGAGAAAACAUGGACUUGAAUUUCCUGGGAAACAGGCCUGUGCAGUUUCCCUAUGUGACUCCAGCAGCACACGAGCCUGUGAAGACGCUGAGGAGUUUGGUGAAUAUCAGGAAGGAUUCCUUACGUCUUGUCAGAUAUAAGGAUGAUUCUGACAGCACACCAGAAGACACAGGAGAUCCCAGGGUUCUUUAUAGUGUUGAAUUCUGCUUUGAUACUGAUGCCAGAGUGGCAAUUACAUUAUACUGUCAAGCCUUUGAGGAGUUUGCCAAUGGGAUGGCAAUAUACAGUGCCAAGAGCCCUUCAAUGGUAUCAGAGACGGUCCAUUAUAAGAGAGGCAUAAAUCAGCAAUUUUCUCUGCCAUCCUUCAAGAUUGAUUUCACCAAAUGGAAGCCUGAAGAGCUGAACUUUGAUCUGGACAAAGGCGUUUUUCCUUUGGUUGUCCAAGCAAUAGUGGAUGAUGGAGAUGAUGUCACUGGGCAUGCACACGUUCUCUUGGCAGCAUUUGAAAGGCACGUUGAUGGCAGUUUCUCAGUAAAGCCUUUGAAACAGAAGCAAAUUGUGGACCGUGUGAGUUAUCUGCUGCAGGAGAUUUACGGCAUUGAAAACCGGAACAACCAGGAGACAAAGUCCACUGAGGAUGAGAACAGUGACAACAGCAGCGAGUGUGUGGUUUGUUUAUCAGACCUGCGUGACACACUCAUUCUUCCCUGCAGGCACCUGUGUCUGUGCAAUGCCUGCGCCGACACACUGCGUUACCAGGCCAACAACUGCCCAAUCUGCCGACUCCCAUUCAGAGCCCUGCUCCAGAUUCGAGCCGUAAGGAAGAAAACGGCCGCCACUCUCUCCCCGGUGUCCUUCAGUCCAGUGCUGUCCCAGAGCUCUGACCAUACUGAGCAUUCGAAUGCAGACAACAUUCCUCCUGGCUAUGAGCCCAUCUCCCUGCUGGAGGCCCUCAAUGGUGUGCAACCCGUGUCUCCUUCAAUUCCAUCAGCCCCUCUCUAUGAGGAGAUCCAGUUUUCGGGAGAGAUGGGAGAUCCUCUCAACCUGACUGGCCGGCAACAGAACGGAGAUCCUGGAGCACUGAAGGGCAAAGGUAGCAAGUCACCAGAUGGAUCUGUACGUUCUCCCUCGUCCCCCAUUCAGGAGGAGGAAGAUGAGGAGAGGAUGUCGGAGCUCUCUGAUGCACAGCCGCAGUCUGUUUUGCCCUGUAGUCUCAGUCCCUCUGAGGACACAGUAGAGGGCGUGACUACCAAACCCGGCUUCCCAAAUUCAGGUUCCGAGAGCCGAUCACUGGGUGUGUCUGUGAGUGAAAUCCUCCAGGACUGUCACAGUGAGCGCAGCAGUCUAAGCCAGACAGAAAGUGACCCCUCGGCAGAUCUAGCCCUGCCUGGGUCAUCAGAGUCCAUAGAGAGCCUGAAGAGUCAGAGCACCAGCAGCUCCAGUCAGCCUCUGCUCUGCCUCCCCAGCAGCCUGCGCAUGGAAGAUGAACAUCUCACAUCAUAAACACUCAAAUCACUCUACUCCCAUUCCUGCACACUAUAGGCCAAUUAAGAUAUUUUGAGGACCACAAUCAAAGUCUUACAUUGAAAAGUUCAAGACAUUUCACUGUUACAAGAAAACUACACGCUAGCUUAAAGGAACACUCCACUUUUUUUUUGAAAGUGGCUCAUUUUACAAGUCUCUACAGUUAAACAUUUGAGUUUUACUAUUUUGAAAUCCAUUCAGUCGAUCUCUGGGUCUAGCUGGAGAACUUUUAGCUUAGCUUAGCAUAAAUCAUUGAAUCUAAUUAGACCAUUAGCAUCUCACUCAAAAAUGUCAAAAAAGAGUUUAGAUAAUUUUCCUAUUUAAAGCUUAACCUUUUUGUAGUUGCGCAGUGUACUAAGACCCUCAAAAAAUGAGCAGUUGCCGUUUUCUAGGUCGAUAUGUCUAGGAACUGUACUCUCAUUCUGGUGUAAUCAAGAAAUUUUGCUGACUAGCUGGGGAAUCUUUUCAGGUGCUGCACAAUAUUAUAGAAUAUUUUCCUGCAGCAAUGGUAUGGCAGCAAAGUUCUUUGAUUAUUACACCAGAAUGAGAGUAUCGUUCCAAGACAUAUCAGCCUAUGUAACUACAGAAUAGUCAAGCUUUACAUAGGAAAUGUUUCAAAACUCUUUUUAACUUUGAAAAAUUUUAUGCUAACGGUCUAAUACGAUUCAAUGAUUUAUGCUAAGCUAAAAGUGCAAAAUGGCGAUAGGCUGAUUUCUUUCGAAAAUGAUGAGACUCAGCUGUUUAACUUGGGAGGUGAAAAUAGGCCGGGUUUCCCCACUAAGAACUGCAGUGUUCCUAAAAAAAACCCUCAAAUGUAAAAUCCAUCAAACCUAUGCUUUUAGCAUCCAAAACAUUUCAGUGGUUCAAAAUAUUGUCAUAGAUGCCCAGUCUUUUUGAGGUAUGCAGCAUCAUGGUGAUUUUAAACGGUGUUCUUGAUUCAUUCUUAUUGUUUUUUGUAAAUUCGGCAAGUGAACACUAAGUGCAUCAGAUUGCAGUCUAAUACAGACGCAUAGUAUAAUCAUUUAUCCAGUUGAAGUAAUCCUCUACGUCUGUAUCUUCUAUAUUUGUUUUGUGCCUUACAGUACUAUGUGGCUGUCCCUUAGUCCUCCCUUUGAAACAUGCAAUGUGGGAAGCUGUAGCACUUCUUGAAGCUUUAAUGAGUAGUUUAUAGAGGGAUUUGCCAUCAUUUACAGACAUAUCUGAUGCUUUUUAGUGAAUUCUCUGCUGCUUAUCUAUUCAUGCACCUUUAAAAGUUAUGUAUAUUUGUAUGUAGUCAAAUCGUUUUAUCAUAAAGUGUUGUGCACUAAUGCCA